AUGGCCAAAUCAACAGAUCUUACAGAAGCAGCGCGUUUGUUGACACAAGCGGCAACAAGUUUAAUCAAUUCUCCCUUGCUGCAUAACGGCCAAAACUCCCAAAGCGGUCAAAGGUUAACAUCGAGUGAGACAUCGAGAUCGGUGCCGACAGCAAUCGCAGUGCAAUCAGGACAUGACACUGGUAGUGCUAGUACUGGUAGGCCAGAGCGAGCACGAGAUGAAUUUCGGCGAUUGUUUGCCUCGUAUCAUCCAUCGACAUCUCGUUCUGGGUCGUCGACUUCGUCUCAACGCCGGACUGCCUCGAACACACAAGCAAGGGCGAAGAAAAGAAAGACAGUGAAAGAUGUGACGAUAAAAUUUUUUUGUCUGGCCUCUACCACACAACAUGACGUUCCAACUAAUGCUGAAAAACAACAACUACUUGUCGCUGGGCUCUGUAAUAUAGUUAAUAUAUUCGUAUUAUUUAGUUAA